AUGAUCUGCGGAACAAGCACAGGAGGUUUGAUUGCUAUCAUGCUCGGCCGACUGGAGAUGUCUGUCGAUCAGUGCAUUGAGGCGUACACUGGACUGAUGGACGUCGUCUUCGAUCCGAAAGACAGAAAACUGCCUUUCAAAAUUCGAAAUGGUAAAGUUCAGCCUCGGUACAAAACGAAGUACAUGGAGAAAGCGAUCAAGCAGGUGAUGUCCAACGCUGGGUGGACAUCGGAUGAUAGGUUCAGAGGGUCGAAAACCUCAGCUUGUAAAACUGUUGUAAUUGCAAUGACAGAAGAAAGCCGUGUCCCGAUACGCUUCACCGAUUAUGAGAAAGCAGGCGAGCAUUCCAACUUCUACAACGAAGUCAAAAUCUGGGAGGUAGCUCGUGCUACUUCCGCUGCAACAUCAUUCUUUGCGCCAAUGGAGAUAACCCAUUCCGGUGAACCUAGACGAUUCCUUGACGCAGGUAUCGGCUCCAACAAUCCCAUCGACGAACUAUAUCUCGAAGCAAUGUCGCUAUUCGACAAAUCCGAAGAAGAGUUUGACAAGCAGAUCCGAGUGCUAGUAUCGAUUGGUACCGGCAAACCAGCAUUACACGGAUUCGGCGAGAAAGUCACCGAGGUUGCGAAGAGCAUUGCUUCGAUCGCAACAGAGACUCAGAACACAGCGAACAAAUUCCAUCUCACGCAUAAGAAACUGGCAAGCAGGGGCGGAUACUUCCGAUUCAAUCCUCCCGACCUCUCUGAAGUGGCGAUCGACGAAGCGAGUAAAAAGGGCAUUAUCGCAUCGCGGACUGAUACGUACGGCAACGACGCGCAGACUUUGGAGAUGGUGGAGCGCUGGGUGAACGUGGCAGGAACCGAGAAAAAACCAAUUAUCUCACCGACUCCAUCUGCAAAUCACAUCAAGCCCGCUGUGACGAAACUGUUCUAUUCACUGCACAAAGGACCCAAGUACAUCAAAGAGUAUGCGCCAUCAUACUGGCAACAUCUAACGCUGGACUCAUACUACGUGUACGAAACGAUAUACGACAGAUGCAACCCUCAAGACAGAAAAGUCACUUUCAGCGCUUUCUUUGAGCAGUUCGGCCCCGAUGCAAAGCCAUCAUCUAACCACGUCUUCGAAACCUGGGCGCGCCUUCUCCGAGACAAGCGCGACGUGCGCAACAGUAUACAUCGGAAGCCGUUCGUGAUGGCGAUUUUGUACAUGCUCCACGUCGAAUCUAGUCUUGAUCUCACCAAGAUGACAAACAUAGACCCUAAUCGACGCGAGAUGCUGAAACGGUUCUCGAAGUGGGUGCCAUGCAAGUGUGAUGCUAGGUGUGGCCGCGAAUGGAACUUCGUGAAUGAGGUCGGGCUAUCGCGCGGCGGAAAUGGUGGUGAUGAAUGUGAUCUUCUGCAGUUGUUUGACGAUAGCAAGUGGAAGUUAGUGUUCAAGAGCGAUAAAGUGCGGAAACUAGAUGCGACCAGGAAGGCAUGGGAAGCUUCGAUGUGA